GCUCCUCCAGAAGUUUUGCGCCUGACCCCGAACAUCUCGCCCGGACUCUCAAAUCUGCGCCAAAACCCCAUCAGUUUUCGGUUCUUCUGGGUUAUGGAACUGGAUAAAAUGGACGAAAACGACUGGAAAUAUCACGGGGAGGGCAACAAGAGUCUGGUCGUGUCUCAUUUGCAGCACUGUCGAGUUCUUCGUCUGCUGAAGUUUCCCUCUGAGGACUCUGCACAUACACGACAGACUGCAGAACAAGCUUUUCGACACAUCCUCAACAUCGUGGAUUAUAGUAAAUAUGUCAUGAAGCCUUUACUGGGGGAGAAAUACGUUCACAGUGGAGAGGUUGUUAAACUACCGCUGGACUUUGUGAGACAGCUGUCGCUGAAGGUCCAACAAGAACGACCUGAACUGCGCUGUGAUAAGGUCAUGGACACAUUCAGUGGGUGUGGUUUAUGCCUUCCCAACCUGACCCAACUCCCCCUCCACCACCUCAGAGACCACAGACCUCCAAUCUGCGUUGAGAUUAAGCCAAAAUGUGGAUUUCUACCCUUUUCAAGCCACAUAACCAAGGAAUGUAAGCGCAAAGUUUGCAGAUUCUGCAUGCAUCAGCAUUACAAGUUAGCCAAUGGGAAGUGGAAGCGAUUGAGCAGAUAUUGCCCUCUGGAUCUCUUCUCAGGGAGCAAACAGCGAAUGUACGUUGCAUUAAAGAACCUGUUAGAGGAACCACAAAACAACUUGAAAAUCUUCAAGGGUGGAGAGUUGAUAUUUAGCUGUAAAGAUGAUGCCAAGCAGCAACCCGAACUGAACGAUCUCAUUCAGCACCUUCGGCCUUAUUUCUCUCAUAGUAACGGCCUCUAUAAUGGCCACCAGCCAGGCAAAGCCAUCCUGAAUGAGUUCAUUCAGGUGAUCUGCUCCGCUCUGCUCAGCGGCGGGGACUCGAAUCGCUCAGGAGAGCCCAGGAAGGUGCAUCUGUCCGAGAGCAGGCCGCACUGUGAAGCCAGUCCCUUCCCAAGAGACCUGCUCCGCAACGGUAACCAUGGCCUCCCUAAAGAUAGUGUCCUUGCAAAAAUCCUCCAAGUCCAGAUGCUGGAUAACCUGGAUAUUGAAGGAAUCUACCCUCUGUACAAACGCGUGGAGCAGUAUCUAGAAGAGUUCCCGAAAGAAAGAAACCGACUGCAGAUAGAUGGGCCUUAUAAUGAGAGUUUCAUGGACAAAGUGAAAAACUGUCCUACUGAAGAUGACGGCUCCGUAGAAUAUGCAGUUGGGAAGGUUCAUCAGUAUAGAGUUGCAAUGACCGCCAAAGACUGCUCAGUCAUGAUCACGUUUGCACCUUGCGAAGAAGACGAGGAACAGCAGUUGAAGUUGGAGAAGCCUCGUUUCACGUAUUCCAUCUCCAUCCUGGAUCUGGACCCCAAACCAUAUGAAGGCAUCCCUCACCAGUACAAGCUGGACACCAAAAUCGUCAACUACUACCUGCGGAGCACGCAAGCUCCACCCCCCUCCAGCCUAUAUAAGGAAAGGCAGGAGUGCACGCUGCUCUUCCAUGCUGUAUGAGACACCUCCAUAAGUGCUGCUUGGGAAAUACCCAGAAGUGCAGUUGAAGUAGUGAUACAGUUAGUUUUGUUCUUUUUGUUUGCUAGUCUGUCUAGUUGUUUGCCCUCCCACAGGAUUCCGCGACAUGAAGUUUGCAGCGAUGGCGGCGUUCGCAGUUGUUGCCGGAGCGACCUGAUGUUUUUAUUUUCGAGGGUGAUGUUCUCAUUGGGGCUGGUCUCCUAAAGCACAGAAUACCUGAAUGAGUCUGUCAUUGGCUGUAAAAAGGGAAGACAAGGAGACUGUGUGUGUUUUUGUGCAGUGCUGGGUUUUUCUCGCACGCAGCAGCGCUACUGUGGUUUCCAAGUGCCAAAAGUGGCUCACAGCGAUUUCCCCUAGUGAAUGUUUUACCGUGCAUCAGCUUGGCCGUGUCUGCAGUCAUUGUCCAGGCAGUUUGGAAUUCAAAAACAGACAAGUACUUGAGUUUUUUUGCGCGACUUCAUCCCUAGAGCUCCUCAAACCACUGACCUUCCGCGAGCUACAGUAGCGGGAGUUAUACUGACAAGCACAGACCUGUUGCAUGCUAGCGAAUGAGGUCGCGAUAACACCGUCACUACCCGUAAGAUAGAUUUUAUAAAUAAGAGGAUAAGUCUAAUGACAUUACUCGCUAAUGAAAGUAUAUUUUUGUAACAAACGCUUGGCUGGCAUAACCGUUUACCGCCAUAUACAAAUCGAAGUGUGUUGUUAACGACUAGUUCACAAUAAAAAAUAAAUAAAUAAAUUGCCCAUUUGUUUACCAACGCUCAUGUCAUUGCAAACCCAUUUGAGAGAAUCGUUACGCAGCUUGUCAGUUCAUUCUGAGUGGGUAUUUUGUCCGAAUUGUGAAUGAACUUAACCUUUUUUGAACAAUCAUCAGUGAAUAACGACUUAGUUUUGAGUGAAGAACAGACUAAAAUUUGUUCAAGUCAAAUGAACUACAUUUGUUGAUUUGGAGUGUGACAAUAUUUAGUCACAUACAAACAGUUUAUAUGGCAAAAGUUGCGUAACGAUUCUUCAAAAAUCUGGAAAAACAUCAGUAUACAGACGUGAUGGUGUGCAAAUAGCUAGUCCAUCACCUCAAACAUCACCGUUUUUCCCAAAAAAACUGCUGCAAAAUGCAGAAGUCUGCUUUCUGUCCAUCAAUGAUUGCUUUGUCUCUGAGUUUGACACUAAUACACUUAGUUGUUGUCUGUUUUGAAAUCAUAGAGCAGAAAACAACCAGAGGAAUCCAUCCCCAGCAUCUUGAAUGCUACUAUGGUUGUGUUUGGAUUGAGUUUUAAAGGCCGUAAUUGGUUGCAGAGCCAUUAGUCGACCAAAGAUGGACAGCAUGCCAGUUUUCAUUAGCUCAAUAAAAGAGAUGAUCUAGCAAGUUUUUCCAACAGUGAAGAUUUUUUUUUUCCAGAGAAGCAGUAUAGGCCACAGAAAUGGUAGUGUUGAUUUAAAAUGAGUUGCAAGUCUGGCGCCUUUGACCCAAAAAACAACCACAGUGAGACUGUUCGCAUAUUGUAUGCUGCAACUUUAACACUAAAGAUGGCACCUCAUGGUCGCCUUUCUCUGUCAUGGGGAAUAUUACUGUUACAAUAUACUGUGGCAUCAGAGAUGCUCAUGCUCCUGUUUACCUCCUUUGGAGUGAUGCAAACUGCAUCGGCUUGCUUUUCACAAAGUCGUCAAUGCAGUUCUCAUCAGGCGAAUAGUGUUUUGAGUUUUACAUGGAUAAAUAUUCACCAUUGCCAAACUGUGCACACUCCCCGUUGUCUUAAUGUGAACUGGUGUCAAGAAAAGUAUUAAUACGCCUUACCUGUGAGUGAAAACGCCUUUGUUGUCCAACCGAUGGUGUUUGUUUGACUGUCAUGUAUAACUGAUUGAAAAGUGCAGUUUGAUUACUGUAUUUGCCUUUGUUUUAACAACAUCUUUCCCCUGUUGAACCAGACGAGCCAGAGAUAUUAUGAGUCUUAGGUGGGACACUGUGUUAUUCUAAUGAAAUAAAGAUUUAUAAUCACUAUGUAGGUAGGAAUGGACUUUAAUUCUGUUAUUAAGCAAGAAAAGAAAGGAAGAUCACAGUUGUGGUGAUGGAAUCUAAUGUUAAAAUUUAACUAUUUGAAAAUACAAAGUGGAUUUUGCUGUCAGACAUUUUGUAUUUGAAAUUAUUUAUUUUUCUAGCUCUUGUCUAAUAAUGUAUAUUUCCAUACAGCGUGGGCAUAUCAUGCGUAAAAAUGAUUGACAUGUACAGGUGGCAUCACUAUGUAGUUCCUAACGGGUGAUUGUACAGGUGUUUAUAUCGAAUAAAAGAUUAGGUAUGAAGUUC